AUCAAAAUCCACGGACCCUGCAGAUUUUCUUGGGGGCCUUAAAUGCUAUUCACCCUAGAUUUUAGACGUCACUCUGAAUAAGGACAAGCAAAUCCUGCCGGGUCAUAUGAAAAAUGCCCCUCCAGCCAGACGGGGGCCGUCAGAAAUAUUUUCCCUCCUGCUUGACUCUUCCCCUUUCCAAUGGUCCAACACAGCCAGCUUACGAAUCUAUAGUGCAUUCAAAGGGCCUGAACACUCUCUUCUCUGUGCGGAUCUGAAUCACCAAAAAUUCCAGAAGCAGAGAAUAUGGUGCUUGAACGAGCCAAGCUGCACAUAAUCUUGACGUUUUUACAGUUCUGUCAUGCAGGAAACCAUUUUUUUCUGCGACUUGCACUUAAUAUGGGCGUGAGCAAACUGGUCUUGCCUGUUUAUCGAAACAUCAUUGCUCUGAUUCUUCUGGGUCCCCUUGCUUAUUUUUCAGAAAAGAACCAAAGGCCAUUGAUAACCAUUUCUUGUGUGAUACGGUUUUCCUUACUUGGACUUGUCGGAAUAACAAUGAAAGAAGGAUUCUACCUCGUGGGUUUGGAAAAUACAUCCCCUACAUUUGCGUCCGCUAUGCAGAAUUCUGUUCCGGCUCUAACCUUUCUCAUGGCUGUAAUACUCAGAUUUGAGAGCGUACGCCUAAACAGGGUAUCUGGGGUGGCUAAGGUCCUUGGAGUCAUUGCUUCUGUAGCAGGAGCUUCAGUGAUUACGCUGUUCAAGGGACCUAUCAUUUACAAUCCACGUUCAGCUUUACAUCAGAAAUACCUGUUGCCGUUAUUAGUGGGUGGCCACGGGAAAAGCUGGACCUUGGGUUGCAUUGGUCUCAUUGGUCACUGCCUAAGUUGGUCUGGUUGGAUUGUUAUGCAAGCAUCUGUGCUGAAAAAAUUCCCAGCCCCACUCUCCGUUUCAGCGUCUACUUGCUUCUUCGGUAUUAUGCAGUUUUUGAUGCUAGCAGCCUCUUUUGAGCAUGAUUCUGAAUCCUGGCAUCUUAACUCUAGCGACGAGCUCUACAGCCUUUUGUAUGCGGGAGUGGUGGUUUCCGCGCUAGCAGCAGCAUUACAGAUAUGGGCUAUUGGCAAGGGAGGGCCCGUGUUUACUUCUGUUUAUCAGCCUGUGCAAACAAUAAUUGUAGGUUUAAUCACAUCUUUUGCUUUAGGUGAAGAAUUCUUCUUGGGAGGAAUUCUUGGAGCUUCUUUGAUCAUAUUUGGAUUAUACCUUGUUGUCUGGGGAAAAAGUGAAGAAGCCAAGCCUGGCAAAGAGGUCACUGUCCCCCUUGCUUCGGAGAAGCAUGUGGAAGAAAAUUUUGAAAAUUCUUCCCUCGUGCAACCGUUGAUUCCACCACAAAUUCCUCAGAGGGCAACGAGUUCCAUAGAUUUAUUUUAAGCAACGUUAUAAUUUGUUGAAGCAAUGUUAUAGCUUGUUUCACAACUUAUUCAUGGACGUAACAGGCUCCACCUCUAGUUUUUAAGAACAGACAUGAAUAAGGGCAUUUAAACAUCGACGCAAAGAUAAGAGGCUCUGUAUAUAACGAUGCCUCGUGAUCUUGUGCCUAAUUGAUCAGAGUUUUAUGUAUAGAUUCAGUUCAGAUAAGCAAAAUAUUUAACAGCUGUAUUUCAUUGAAA